UUGCAGGCACUGUUUCUUUAUCUUUCUUCUCUUGUUUUCUUUUAGCAACCCUUUUCUAGACAAUCAGAAAAGGCGAGAGGAGAAAUGGAAAGAGAGGAAAAAGAGCUGGAGGAUGAAAUCAAGUUGGCUGGAAAUGCACUUCUUUCAUCUCCAUCUUCCGUUUCGCAACUCCUUCUCUUGCUUGAGAAACUUGAGGAUUGUUUAAAGAGAGUGAAUCAAUCUCCUUCCAAAUCAAUGCAAAGGGCAGUAGAGCUUGCAAUGAAGGCACUUAUGGCCAAAGAACUUUUGAAUCAUUCAGAUGUGGAUGUGAAAGUUUCUGUUGCAUCAUGCUUCAAUCAUAUUUUAAUAAUAACAGCACUAACUUUUUCAUAUGAUGAUGAACAAAUGAAGGAAAUUUUACAGCUGAUUGUAGCUUCAUUUGAAAAUAUAUCUGACACCUCAAGUCCUUCAUAUCAUAAAAGGGUUUUGAUUCUAGAAAAGUUUGCAAAUGUCAGAUCAUGUGUUUUGAUGGUGGAUCUUCAAUGUUAUUCCUUGAUCAUGGAGAUGUUCAAACAUUUUUUGACAAAUAUAAGGGAACACCAUCCUGACAUUGUAUAUUCAUCUAUGGGGCUAAUUAUGAUUAUAAUCUUGGAUGAAAUUAAAGAGAUCCCAUUGGAGAUUGUCGACCUCCUUUUGGAAUGUAUAAGAAACAGAAACCAGGAUGUUUUGCCUAUUGCACAAAAACUUGGAGAGAGAAUAUUUGAAAAUUGUGGAUCAAAGCUUGCUCCCUACAUGCCUCAGGCAAAUUAUUGUGGCCAGCCACAUAUUAGGGGCAAGCUGCAGGACUCAGGAAGUCAUACUGAGCUACUUGUGAAGGAUAACAGUGAUAGAGGAGAAGGCUGUGGAUAUCAGGUUUUUGAAAAGGAGGGGAAUAGUGAGGAAAGCAGAGAGAUCAAAGAAAAUGCUCCCUACAUGCCUCAGGCAAAUUAUUGUGGCCAGACACAUAUUAGGGGCAAGCUGCAGGACUCAGGAAGUCAUACUGAGCUAGUUGUGAAGGAUAACAAUGAUAGAGGAGAAGGCUGUGGAUAUCAGGUUUUUGAAAAGGAGGGGAAUAGAGAGGAAAGCAGAAAGAUCAAAGAAAAGGAUUUCAAAGAGAAGACACUUAAAGAGGAAGGUGAGAUUGUCCUAAGGGAGUUUAUGAAACAGAAGAGAAGUAGAAAAGGGGUCCAAAAGAAGCAGAAGCCAGUUGUGAAGGAGAAGAAUGAUGGAGAAGAAGGCAGCGAAAAGCAGGUUUUUGGAGAUGAGAAUAGCAAGGAAGACAGAAAGGAGAAAAUCAAUAGAGAAGAAGGUUGUAAAGAGCCAGGUUUUCAAGAGGACCAUAGUAAGGAAGGCAAGAAGGCCAAAAAGAAGGUUUUCAAAGAGAAGAAAAGUCAAAAGGAAGGUGUAGAUUUCCUAAGUGUGAGAAGUAGAAAAAGGGGUAAACGAGAACUUAAAUUUGAGGGAAAACAAGCCAUGGACACUAAGUGCAGUCAGCGGAAAAUGCAUGAGUUUCUUUCAAACUUAAAGGGGAAGAAGAGAAGCAUAAUUGAAAAUUCAAUCUUCUCUGCCUUCCUUGAUAUUCCUAGAUGCCCCAUUAAUCGCAAUCUGACAGCAGCUCUUAUUGAAUGCUAUGAUUCUGAAAAGGAUGCAUUUAUUGUAGCAGGCCAGCCACUCAAGUUCUGUGGCAAAGAAAUUGAGAAAUGCAUUGGACUCAGCUUUGAAGGGAAAAGGGUGGACAUGAAUAUUUUGGGAGGGGAUAUUGAUCCUCAAAUUGCAUGGAAGUACUUCGAAAUAGUGAAAGGAAAUGCAAGAAUCAAAGAGAAGCCAACAGAUGCCAGUAACGAAAAGGUUGAUGGAGAAACCAGAAGUCCCUUUUUGAUAUCUGAAAGUUUGCUUCUGCAAAAACUAAACCAUAUGAGUGUCGGCGGAAAAGGGGAAGCUGAGGACUUCCUUCGUCUAUCCAUUUUAUACAUGUUCAAUGUAUAUUUCUUUCCAUCCGCGUCCAAAUAUAUAUAUUGGUGGCCGCUCAAAUUCCUAGAAAAUCUACAUGAUUUUGGCUCAUAUGCUUGGGGACGGGCAGCAUAUGACUAUUUACAUAUAUCUCUAGAAAAAGCAGCAAGCAAGUUGGCAUGUCAGAACAAAUUCUACGUGUCCUUGAAUGCAUGUAUUCCAUUGCUGCAGACACUGGCAACGGAACGGAUCAGCAAGUUGCAGGCCCAAGCUCCUCCAACAAACCUAAAUCCCUCUGUGCUCAAUUAUACUAAGAAAGAGAGGAGGUCAUUCGAUGCAAUCCAAAAGGUGUUGGCCAAGCUGCAACCUGCUGAGAUCAAGAAAUGCAAGGAUUGUGAAGGUGUCAAGAACAGUACUCGGUUGCAAGGAGGAGCCAAUGUGAAACGCACAAAAAGGCGGAAAACUCAAAAUGAAGAGGAUGGGGGGUUGGUAAUUACGAUAUAGCUCUUGUAGUUCAUGAUCUGCAGCAAAAUGAAAUGGUCUAACUGUACCGUGUUAGUAGAGAGAGAUAACAUUGGCAUUAUUAUUUAAACUCACUUUUGUUUAUUAUUAUCAUAUGUUAAUAUAUUUAUUUUUUAUUUUUUA